UGGAACCCUCUGUCCAGUCUCUGCCCUGAACUGAAAGCCUCCCAGUGGCUCCCUACUCCGUAACUCCUGCAGACCUCCCAGACCUGCUGGGGAGACCAGAGAGGCUGGGAUUUCCCUGGGACAAGCCUGGCCCAGCACCCACCCAGAGCUGGCAGGGGAGGGAGCUGGGGAGCUGACAGAAGAGGAAAUUCCCCGGGAACCUGUUUCUCUGCUUUCUGGCCCAGCUGGGGCACCCACUGGAGGGAGAGGCCAGGCCAUGGCCUCAGCCCUAAGCCGACCCCGGGUUCCCAAACACAAGGGUGCUCUACCCUCACACUACUAUGAGAGCUUUCUGGAGAAGAAGGGACCCCACGACCAGGAUUACAAGAAGUUCUGGGCAGGCCUCCAGGGUUGCACUCUCUAUUUCUAUAACAGCAAUCGGGACUCCCAGCACGUGGAGAAGUUAGUCCUAGGAGCAUUUGUGAAGCUCACGGAUGAGGCGCCCUGGGAAAGCUCCGGAGACCCUGGCAUCUAUUUUGGCCUCUUCCUCCAGAACCAAGAGAUCAAGUUCAAGGUUGAGAGCCUGGAGUCUCGGGAGAUGUGGAAAGGCUUCAUCCUGACGGUGGUCGAGCUGCGUGUCCCGUCCAACCUGACCCUACUGCCCGGACACCUGCACAUGAUGGCCGAGGCCCUGGCCAAAGAGGAGGCGCGCCGCGCGCUCGAGCUGCCCUCCUGCUUCCUGAAGGUGAGCCGGCUGGACGCGCAGCUGCUCCUGGAGCGCUAUCCCGACUGCGGAAACCUGCUGCUGCGACCCAGCGGGGACGGCGGGGACGACGUGUCGGUCACCACGCUCCAGACGUUCAACGGGACGUCGGUGGUCCGGCACUACAAGGUGAAGCGUGAGGGCCCCAAGUAUGUGAUCGACGUGGAGGAGCCGUUCUCCUGUGCCUCACUCGACUCAGUGGUCAACUAUUUCAUGUCACACACCAAUAACGAGCUGGUGCCCUUCCUGCUGGACGAAGACUACGAGAAGGUUCUAGGGCCCACACUGGCCUUGGGUGGCCCCAAGAAGCUGCCUCCCCUGCCCAUCACGCCUGUGGCAAGCCAGGACAGGUCACCCCCACUCCUGAACCAGGACGAGAACUAUGUGAUUCCCAUCGGAGACAACCCAGCUGCCAACUACAUGAAUGGGGAUGUGCCUCCCCCCAGUCGGUUGGUCCCGAAGCCCAGGAGGUUGGCGAAGGUUCAGGCCAAGCCUCUAAAGCCACCUGUUGCCCCCAAGCCAGAGCCCAAAGUCCUCAACAGCAGCCUGGCCAAGAAGCUAGCGGUGGGCUCACUGCAGACUCUCUUCCCCACAACAGCCCCAAAGCUGGCAGAUUUGACAGCAGAGCUGGAAGAGAAACUGCAGAGGAGACGAGCGCUGGAGCACUGAGGCGUAGGCAUGGGGAUCCAUGAGCCGCUCUUCGGCUGCGGAAGUCAGCCAGGCCACCCGCCCCCGCCAGAAUAAAAGCUCAAGUGAUCCCCUGGGGGCUGAUGUGUCUGGCCUGGCUUGGGGGCGGUGGGCAGUGAGGGUCAGAUGCCCGCCCUCAGCAGGCCCCACUUACUCGGCCAAACCUGCCACCUGACCCUACAGGAAAGACCCAUUUCAUA